UGUAUUUCUGGCUUCGUACGAGAGUAACCAUCUUCUCUUCUCAUUAUCCAACUCAUAAUGGCCCUUCCAUGGUCAAAGUUCUGUUCAGCUGAUGGCCUGCGUCAUUCCAAUCGCCUCGUACGGUGUCCAACUUGUCAUGCUAUCAAUCCUUUACCACAACCAUCCAGUCAGAUUGAAAGGCCUAGACAGGCACGUACGGAGAUUGAUCUUACUGUAUCUCCUGAACUACAGCCUUCACAAUCUGCUUUAUUUAUUCCAUCCACCUCAUCAUCCAGUAGCUCUUCUCGUACGCCGCUAUUUGGAGAAAAUAUUCGUCAAAAUGCUUUAUUACGGAAAAAGGCACAGGGUCCAGUCAAACUCAAAGCAAUCAUUUAUUUCUAUCUGUAUCUCGUACAGAAUAGAGAAUCUGAAGAUAAUAAUCUAUCUCUAUUAGAACAGGUUCAGAUUUGUCUAGACAACUCUAUACUUGGAACACUACAUGACUUUCUUCAUCAAGAACUUCUUCCGAAUAUCGACGACGGCAAAUACGUACGAGAUAUCAAUGAUGAAUUCCGGCUAUCAACAGGCAUUGUACGGAAACGACCAGUCUUUAUAUCCUCAAAGGUACAAGGUUUUAUGAGAACGCAUGAGUUUCUGAAGGAUUGGUUCAGUCACACCAAUGGAUCGUACCAGAUCUAUGUUAUCAUUCAGCGCCGUACGGUUGCAGAUGAGAUGAAUCGGACAGACAUGAAGAUCAAAAGGGAAGUUUCUAAGAGUCCUGAUAUCAAGGAAAGACAGGCUGUGAUUGAAGAUGAUUUAGAAGAGUCUGUUGUACAAGAGGAUCUGGAUGAAGAGGAGUGUUUAGAUGCUUCUCUUAAACAUGCUCUAUCUUUAUCUCCCUCUCCUCCUCAUCGUACGAGGCGGAAGUAUGUACUUCAGGAGGAUGAUAAGAAUCGUGCAGCUGAGUACGGGCCUUUACCAUUUAGGAUUUGAUUGUACGUUGGAG